ACUUAGCAUAGAAGGAUUCACUCAUUCAUGAUUUCCACAAAAAGUGAGAAAAGUAUACAUUAAUUUUCUCUAUGUACAUGAUAAAAGAUUGUUCGAACCAUCUCACAUCCCACUGUAAGUUGCAUCAAGAAUCUUCUAAAUACAUAUAUUAAUUAUUUAAAAAUACAAAGCAGAUCAAAAGAAUGGGAAAAAUGAGCUUAGUACUAGCUAGCUAGUUUAAAGACAUUACCUUUUGUUGUAGUGGUUUUUUAACAGGUUCAUGCAGAAAUCAAUUAACAACAAUUUUAGUGGGUUGUCCUCUUACUCUCAAAGUCCCAUACUCCCAUCCCAUUUUGACAGCUCUUGUUUACUUUCUUUUCACCUCAUUCUCCACUCACUUCCACAACCAACAACCAGUCUAUGAAUAAUCAGUAGCCACUUUCUCCAUUUUCAUUUCCACUGCAUUUGUGAUCUCUUUCUCUCCCUUUCUGUGUAAGAUGUCAGACAACACAGAGGGAUUUUUGAGCGAUCAACUAUCAAGACCAACUCCAAUCUUUGGACUAAGAUUAUGGAUUGUAUUGGGUAUAUCAGUUGGUACAGCUUUCGUUCUUGUUCUUUUUCUGAUAGCACUAUGGUUGAUGAUCUCCAAACCCAACAAAAGUACUAGUAGUACUUCUAAAGACAACAACAAGUCUACUUCUCAAAUCAGCUCUACAUAUCCAAUGCAUGAAAUUCUGAUUGAUAAGUCGAAAGAACCAAAAAACCAUAAAGAAGUUAAAUCUCAAAUUGCAUCAAAUCCAUUGCUUGAAUCAGAGCUAGUUGGAAAAGUUGUAAACGGAGCGCUUCUGAAGGAGGAUAGUAGUUUAGUUGGGGUUCGAAAGGUGCAAGUCGAGGUUUCGCACCUGGGAUGGGGUCAUUGGUAUACUCUUAAAGAGCUUGAAGAAGCAACCAAGGGGUUUUCCGAUGACAGAGUUAUCGGUGAAGGUGGAUACGGAAUUGUGUACCUUGGCCAUCUAAAGAACAACACCAAGGUUGCAAUUAAGAAUUUGCUUAAUAACAGAGGACAGGCUGAGAGGGAGUUUAAGGUUGAAGUUGAAGCAAUUGGACGUGUUCGGCAUAAGAAUUUAGUAAGAUUGCUCGGCUACUGUGCUGAAGGAGAUCACAGGAUGGUUGUUUACGAGUACAUGGAUAAUGGGAACUUAGAGCAGUGGCUUCAUGGAGAGGUAGGACCUUAUAGCCCUGUUACAUGGGAGUCCAGAAUGAACAUUAUUAUUGGAACAGCAAAAGGGUUGACAUAUCUUCAUGAAGGGCUUGAACCUAAGGUCGUUCAUCGUGAUGUUAAAUCGAGCAAUAUUUUGCUCGAUAAGCAGUGGACUUCGAAGGUAUCUGAUUUCGGUUUAGCAAAGCUAUUGGGCUCAGAGAGGAGUUAUGUCACAACCCGUGUUAUGGGAACAUUUGGAUAUGUAGCUCCUGAAUAUGCAAGUACAGGCAUGUUGAACGAGCAAAGCGAUGUAUAUAGCUUUGGAAUUCUUAUUAUGGAGAUCAUUUCUGGAAGAAAUCCCGUGGACUUUACUCGGCCUCCAGGUGAGGCAAGGGAUGUUCAGGUUAACCUUGUUGAUUGGCUUAAAACAAUGGUUGCAAACCGCAAUGCUGAGGGAGUUUUGGAUCCUAAGCUACGGGAUAAACCAUCUGCAAGGUCACUCAAACGCAGUCUUUUAGUUGCCAUAAAAUGUGUUGAUCCAGAUCCUCAGAAGAGGCCAAAGAUGGGUCAAGUGAUACAUAUGCUUGAAAUCGAUGAUUUCCCAUUCCGAGAAGGCCGGCAAGCUGAAGGCAAGAACUCAAAACAUGCAAAUGAUGGUAUGAAAUAAAAGCAGGAUUCAGCCAUUAAGGUAUUAGUACCUUGUGAGACGACAGACAAGCUGGCGGCGCAAGCUGAAGAGAAACCAAUUAUAUGAAACGGAAGAUGUAGAUCAAUAUGAUUUGGAGACCAAAAGAGCUGGCCGAAGGAAAAACCACUCUUUUACUCAGAAACCUACAUUUUAAAUUUAUGUCUUGUGCCUGUAAAUUUGUAUCCUCUUGUGACUCUCUCUACAUAUGCAUUGUGGUCAAGUUUCAACCUAAUUCUGUUACGGUAGUAUAACUGUAUUCAAAUACUAGUUAAUGUUAUCAUAUAAUUUUUCUUCCUCUGGA